CUAUUUUCAAGAUUUGAUGACGGUUUUGCCAGAUCCUGAUGAUGCAAAUGAUGACACAGUUGAGUGUGAGUCACAGAGUGUGGUCACACACCCAUUCAUAUACAAUCCACCAACAAUACUCAUUGAUGGCAACAUUGAAAUUGCAAAGUUUUCUUCCGAAGAUGAUUUCUAUUCUUGUUUCUAUUGUGAAAGCCAGUGGAAAGCUGGAUAUAAAGCCCUGGAACAUAUGGAGGAAGCUCAUGGUAACAAUCAUACAAUGUAUGAUCUACUUCGGGCAAAAAUGGAAACUCCUUGUCAAGGGAUUGCUGGUCCCUCGCGUACGAAUAAGACUAUUAAGAAGUCUAUACCUAGUACAUCAACUGGACAAGAGGUUGAACUGAAAAUACUGGUGAACAGUGACCCGGAUUAUGUUUAUAAUGAUGAAUUUAGAGAAGAUCUUACUAAAAAUUCCAAUGUGAAUCAGGUAGCUUUAGUAGAAAACAAAACACUUGAGAACAAAUUGACUUUGAAGUACCGCAAAGAUUUCCACAGUGUGUCAAGUACAUUUUUUACAGACAAGAAGAAGAAGAAAAAAAGAACAAGCAUUCCAGAAGUAUUAUGCAAAAAAUGUAAAAAACAUAUCCAUCCAGGUGAUAUGAGAAUUCAUAAGAAGUACCACUGUGGGAAUGAAACUGAAAAGAGGGAAUGGAUCCUUAAAAAAGGUGGAAAAUCCAUGUGCUUGAAGUGUAGAAAGAUGGUCAUAACACGUACAGUUGAUUUCCAUGUAAAAUACAUGUGUCGAGUGAAACCCUUUUCUGUCCAGUGUUUCUAUUGCACAAAGUUCUGCACUGAUUAUAGAAGAUGGAUAGCUCAUAUAAAAAUGGCUCACAACAAAACCCACUAUUUUCAAGAUCUAUUGACAAUCCUACCAGAACCAGAGCAAGUUACUGAUGAAUCGUCACAAAAUGGAGAUUCACAAAGAGAAGUUGAACAUCCUUUUAUCUACAACCCGCCUUCUUCACAUUCUGAAAGCAACAGUGACUUCUUAAAAUUCUCUUCAGAUGAUGAUUUCUUUUUCUGUUUCUAUUGCGGAUGCAAGUGGACAGCAGGCUACAAGGUGUUGGACCAUAUGGAAGACGUUCAUAAUAAAUUACACAACAUGUAUGAUCUGCUGGAGGCUAAAAUAAGAGCUAGUAUGGAAAAUCAGGACCCAGAAAUGGAUACUGUUGUAGCAGAAGAGGAACAAGUGAACUCAAGGAUACAGACAAAAAUAAAACAAGAAAUUAAUGAAAAUAAUGAUUAUGGUGUUUCAAGCAACGUGAAAAGAGAUAAAAUAGAAACAUCUAAGAACAAAAUACCAGUUAAAGUACCUAAGAAAAAGGUAAAUCUUGGCAGUGAAAUUUUCAAUGUGCAAAAGAAGAAGAGAAAGAGACUAAGCGUUGUAAAAAUUACCUGUUUAAAGUGUUCUGAGGCCAUUCAUCCAGAUCAUGUGAGAAUCCAUAAAAAGUACCAUUGUGGAAGAGAACCUGCAAAGAAAGAAUGGAUUCUUUAUUCUGGUAAAGCUUUAUGUUUGAAGUGUAACAAGCUACUCAUCACUAAUUCAAUAGAUUUUCAUUGCAGAUAUCUAUGUCAGAUGAAAACGUUCUCUGUGCAAUGUUUUUAUUGCACCAAAGUUUUCAGUGAGUACAGAAGUCUGUUAGCUCACAUGCAAAAGUAUCACAAUAAAUCGCAUUAUGUUCAUGAUUUUAUGACUUUUUUGCCAGAACCAGAAUCACUUACUGAAAAUCCAUCUGCUGCUCAAAGAAUUAUAACUCAUCCAUUCAUUUAUCCUCCUCCUGUAACAGUCAAUAAUGAGGAAGAGGAUCAGUCAGGCGGCAAUACUAGAUUUCCCUCCAAUGAAGAUUUCUACUCCUGUUUUUACUGUAGCUGCGAAUGGAAAGCAGGAUAUAAGCUAAUUGAUCAUAUGGAGGAAGUUCAUGAGAAAAAACACAAUUUGUACGAUCUACUCCGGGCUAAAAUGACAGCAUCCUCAGGUAACUUUGGAAUAGGUAAUAUUGAUAAAUCUGGCAAAACUUGUUUUGACGUGAGAGAUUUGUCUCAAACAAUGAAUUCUGUUUUAAACAGUGCUUCAGAAGAGAUUAUCAAAAUUAAUGAAGAUAAGCAAAUUGGUCCCGAAGUAAAGGAUAAGGAAAUUUUGAAUAAGGUCAUAAAUAUAGAAUCUGACAAUGAGAUCAUCUUUGAUUUUCCAGAAUCCCUAAAUACGAGUAAAAUGGUCUCUGAAGGAUCUUCAGAUCAUAUUUACCACAUGAACGCCGACAAACAGAAUACCAAAGAUCAUACCAAAAGUAAACUAUCAACUGAUAUUUCUACACCCAACAUCAAGGAAAGGGCACAUUCUGCACACUAUGCAGUUGGAGAAAUACCAACAGCUAAAAACAUAGAUAUUUCUUCAUGCCAAGCCACAGAAGAUGAAUUUUCAGAAAGGAAUUCGGUUACGCAACAAACUACUCCAAUUGUAAUUACUGUUGAUUGCACUAAAAAUAAUGAUCGAGAUAUUGAAAUAAUAGAUAUUGAUAUGGAUGAGACUUGUCAGGAUAAAUUUAGAAGAUUUGGAGGAACUGCAAACACAUCACUAGAUAAGCGUAAUGAAGUUGAAAUUAUCGAUCUUGAUAAGAGUGAUGAGGACGUAUUGUGUGAUGUCAGUUCAGUUACAGGUGAUAAAACUUUAUGUCAAGAUGACGUCAUUAUGGCUGUGGCUAAGGAUUUUUAUGAGGAUGUUGAAAGUUCAAAUCACAAAGAAACGUUUUCAAAAGAUAAUGGAGUUGAAAUAGAAGCUCUUGAUGUAAAUCGGGAUCCAUCAAUAAAAAUUAAAAAUGUGUUUACUGUAGAACAUUCACUACAUCGAUAUGAAGAAGCUCAAUUCGAAGUAAACCAAUCAAAUGAUGGUUCUUUAAACUUAAACGAGGAAGUUGAAAUUACAUUUUACAAUGUCAAAAAGGAUUGCCAAAGAGUAGCAUCAAACUCUCCCAAUCAGUUAAAUAUUAACUAUUUUAAAGAAAAUCAUGAGCAACAAAAUAAAAGUAUUGUUUUAUCGAGUGACUGCAUGGAUCAGGUAGACAUCACAUGUAAUUAUAUGGACAUGGAGCCUAGUUUAGAGAUUACCAAUGUAACAACCUUACAUGAAGACGCAAUUAUGUGUGGAGAAACCAAUUUAGUGGUUAGCAAUACCGAAAAUAACGAACUUGUCAGCCAAGAUAUGGAUUAUAAUAAUGACUCUUCAAUUCAUGAUGAAGAUAACAUAACUACUGAAUAUGAGAAACAUGCUGAUAGCCAGAUCCCCACUUUAGAAUGUGUUCAAAGUUCCUCAGUUCAAAACGAAGUAAUUAAAACUAGUGAACAGAACAUAGUUGAAAAUUGUCAAGUAUUAAGUACAGACGCACUAGUAAGUAAAAGUCUUUCACUUAUUAAAGAAGACAACAUUACUGAACAGAAUAUGGAUGAAAGUUGUCAGGCCCUUACUACAAGUCCAGUAAUUGUUCAUAAUUCUUCAGUGAGUGAAGGAGACAACAUUACUGAACAGAAUAUGGAUGAAAGUUGUCAGGCCCUUACUACAAGUCCAGUAAUUGUUCAUAAUUCUUCAGUGAGUGAAGGAGACAACAUUACUGAACAGAAUAUGGAUGAAAGUUGUCAGGCCCUUACUACAAGUCCAGUAAUUGUUCAUAAUUCUUCAGUGAGUGAAGGAGACAAUACCAAUGAACAUGAUAAGGAUGAAAGUCUUCAGAUCCCAAGUACAAUAACAGUUCAUAGUCUGUCAGUAAAUAAUUAUGACAAAACUGCUGAUAAUAGUAUAGAUGAAAGUCUUCAGAUUCCAAGUACAAUAACAGUUCAUAGUCCGUCAGUAAAUAAUGAUAAUAAAUUGGCUGAUAAUAGUAUAGAUGAAAGUCUUCAGAUCCCAAGUACAAUAACAGUUCAUAUUCCAUCAGUAAAUAAUGAUGACAAAACAGCUGAAAAUAGUGUAGAUGAAAGUCUUCAGAUCCCAAGUGCAAGUUCAAUGAAAGUCCAUAGUCAGUCAGUACAUGAAAAAGGCAAAACCGCUGAAUAUGGCUUAAAUCGGAUAUCAAGUUCAACAAUAGUUCAUAAUUCUUCAGUACAGUUUGAAGAAAGCCGCACCACUGAAAAUAUGAUUGAAGCUUGUCAGGUGUCCAAUGAAAAUGUUAUAUCUAUGAAUAGUUCCUUAGUUGGAGAAAAAGAAGGCGAAACCAAUGAACAGAAAAUUAUUGAAGAAUAUCAGUGUACAAGCACCAAUGUUACAGCCACCAAUUUACAGUCAGUUCCGAAUAAGGAAAACAAACCUGUAGAACAAGAGAUCUGUGAAUCUUUUACAGCUGAAGGAGAAGAUAGAAAUAUUUAGGAAUGUUAAAUUCAUGAAUCGUAUCUUGGCAGAUUCUAUUUGGAAAUGGUGAAUGGUUCAUCCUCAAUACAUAUACAAUUUUUCAAACUUGUUAGUAAGUUUUACGAAGAUGUUAUUUUACUUAACUGUUUUUCAUCUAAAUGCCAAAUCAAACAAUAUUAAAAUUAUUUUUAUAACUUUAGUACAAAUUUAUAACCAUAACAUUUCACAUUACUUUGAUACCAUAGUGUGUGCUGUGUCACUUAUAUGUAUUUACCACUUACAUCAUUGUGUCAUUAGUGACUAUUAGAAAUAGUACUGCAUUGUCUGUAGUUUAAAAUGUUCAAACACUUAGUCUCAUAUUGUAUUGUAGUUUUUGUUCAGAUGAUAGGUUAAAUCUAAAUUUAAAUACUUCAUUUAUAACGUGAUGUGGCUUAGGAUGGUUAGUUUUAUUUAUUUUUCUCUGUUUGUUCCAGAAAAACUAAAAAAAUGUGUCUUAAAAUGUUAUGUUUUACUCAGUUUUUAAAAUCAUAUGAAACUAAGUAAUAUAGCUAAAUUUCACUAUUACAUUUGAUCAUAUUUAAAUAUGUGCUUUGGAACAGUGUUUUAAUAUUGAGUAAUGAAUAACAGAAUAGAAAGUAAAUUAUGGUUUAUUCAAGUUUAUCUCAUUAGUUCUUUUUGUAAUAAACAAGAAAGACAAUAUAAAAUUAUAU